CAAGAUGUAAUAUCUAACUUGGCUUGCUUAUUUAUUAGGGGGCCGAGGUGGUACUGCAGCAAGUAAACAGCAAAUAAACAGCAAAUAAAAUGAUGAUAAGAUAAGGAUAGUUCGUGCUCCAUUAGGGAAAGUCGGCAAGGCUACCAAUUGUUAAUUAACCAGUUCAAUCUUAGGAUGCUCAAAUAAGCAACAGCUCCUCUCCUCAACGUAAGGAUUGGUUACCGACCUCUCCAAAUUACAACUAUAAUGGUAUGGCCGUUCACUUCUACCUCUGGAAAGGACGGUGAUUCUUCGAAGCGACCAGUCUCUUGGUCCGAAAGUCUAAACGGGACCGACUGGGAACAUUAUAAAGACCCUAGAAAUUGGGUUCCAACUUUACUUGUGACAACAACCGUUGUCGCGUCCCUUCAAAUCUAUCGGUCAUACUUGCGUCGCAUUCCCGGCACCGUUCAUAUCCGACCGAAUUUUUUCAGGAAGAGAAGCAUUUUUGGCCAAGUUACGAGUGUCGGAGAUGGAGAUAAUUUCCAUUUAUAUCACACGCCUGGUGGUCGUCUAGCGGGGUGGGGUUGGCUUCGAAAUGUCCCAGUCAAGAGAAGCGAACUGAAGAAUAAGACAAUUCCUAUACGUAUCGCUGGUAUCGAUGCACCGGAAGGUGCUCACUUCGGACGACCUGCCCAACCAUUCUCAACAGAUGCACUUGUCUGGUUAUCCGACUAUAUACUCGGGCGGAGGGUGCGAGCUAAGAUUUAUAGGCGCGACCAGUAUGAUCGUGUCGUCGCUACCGUAUAUGUAAGACGGUUCAUCUUUCGCCGCGAUGUUGGAUUGGAAAUGUUGAAGCAAGGUCUGGCUACAACAUACGAGGCUAAGACCGGUGCGGAAUUCGGUGGUCUUGAGGAGAAAUACAAGGCUGCCGAGAGCAAAGCAAAGGCUGCGAAGCGAGGGAUGUGGGGUGGUAACCCGCAAUUCUUUGAAAGCCCUCGCGAUUAUAAGACCCGAAUGGGCGUAGGGGAACCGCAAAAAUAGUCGCACCAAGUUAUGAGAUAUGAAUGUUUUCAAUUGAAUCGGCUCUUCCUGACCUUCAUACUCGGUGACUUAGGUUAUCGAAGAGACUUAAACAUAAAGCGGAGUUGGAGGAGUGCAAUAGGAGAUGAUCCAUGGGCGGAUCUCCGUACUGUAUUCUCUCUCGGAGCUUCUCACAGCAAGUAAUAUAGUGUGGUAUUACUACUUGAGUUGAGCCCCAACCUGGGGUUACGUUAAUGUAUCUUGCAUCUUGCAUCUUGCAUCUUGUUUCGACGAACCCCAAAUUUGCGCAGUCCCAAUUUUCUCUUGUCUAUGGUUUUUAUCAUCGAUAUUUGUGACCUACCUAUUAUCAUG